UUGAAAGUCCAGAAAUAAAUCGACAGUAUCCUCGUUUACAACAACGAAGGAAAUUGACAACAGUUAAUGAUAUGACAUCCUCUGAUUGGACCAAACGCCGAUCAUCAGACUGGUAUUUCCGAGUCGGAACUGGUUUGGGAAUGUCUACACUCUACUUCUCCUUUGGUUACAAAUUCUUCCCGUUCCAACUUCCGGUUAUGGAUUCCGUCCUCGACAGACUCGUUUUCACAUUACGAUGGCAAAUAUGUGGAGCCUUUGUUUUAUUCAUGGGAAUGCGAGGUGUGAUGUACAUUCGGGAGAAAAAUGACUGCGCGGCAGAUCCGAUGAAUAGUCGAGGCGUACAGCUUACUCAGCUUGCAAGAAAUAUCCUUCAAAAUACUCUAGAGCAAUACUUACUUCAUUUUGUCGCCCAAAUGAUCUUAUGUACUUACCUUACAUCCGAAACGAUGAAGGUGAUACCAUUACUUGUGGUUUUAUUUGUCGUUGCACGGAUUGCGUUCAAGGUUGGGUACGAAAAAGAGCCAAUGGUUAGAUGUUAUGGAUUUUCCUCCUCAAUGUUACCGACCUUGCUCACUUGUGUAUACUGUCUGUACUGUUUUGUGAUAUACGGAGCAGGAUACGGUGUAGGAAAGCAAUGAUGUCAUGCUAAUGAUGACGUAAUGAAAUUGUGUACAUCUUACUUAGUAAAAUGUUUCCUACAGGGCAACAUUACAAAGGUUGUACCGAAAUAUUACCGUGCUGAAAAUAUUGACCGUAAAAAUGGUAAAUAAAAUAGUAUUUCAUGUCA